GAUGCUUCACUGACUCUCACGCCGAGAGCUACUUGACGACUAAAGGUGAGAGCUGCUCCACGCAGAUGACACUUUUAGAAACAGCCAGAGUGGUGCCAAGUUGUGGAUAUUCACUGGAAUAACCUGGGAAAUUACCAAAGAGAAAAUUGGCUCUUAAAAUAUAGGUAUCAAAGGACUUGUGCAAAAUGAGAGGAUUUUUCCAAAUGUUGAAGAAGAAAAAAGAGCUGAUCCCGCUGAUUGGGUUCAUGGCUUUCGCCGCGACCGGAGCCACCAUGGCAUCCAUCUACUUUCUUUUCACCAAAUCUGAUGUCAUUUUGAAUAAGACCUCCAAUCCAGAACCAUGGGAGAGAGUGGAUCCAUCCCAACCCCAAAAGCUCAUCACCAUCAACCAGCAGUGGAAGCCAGUGAAGGAGCUGGAGUUGGUGAAAAGUCUCAGCAAGUGAAAGGCACUCUGACCAACCCUCACCUCGCCCGCCGUCCUCCUUCCCCCACCCACCAGUUGAACAGAAUCCUUUGCGCACCAACUCAUUUUGGUAGAUAGUGAGCGGAAACGCCUCUGUUCCGUCGAUUGAGUUUCUGUCUGCUCUUUAGCUACGCUGCUUUUAGAUAGCUCAACCGCAAGAAUCGGCCGCAAAUCAUGCUGACAAGAAGUAGCUCACACAGUAUAUGUAGCUGUACGAACUCGUCAAAAUGGGACACCUGCAGUGAAUAAUGUAAUGUACUGUAUUAAAGUGCUCAUAAAUUAUGUAUUCAAUGAACUGUUGACUAUUACCGGUCAGCUAUGUCAACCACUACACUAUACCAAUGCCUGGAUAAUGAUG